UAAAAUUGAACGUAAUUCGCUGUUUUUUGUAAAUAAAAAUAAAACCAAAACGGAGGUAAAAAUCAAAAAAUAAGAGAAUUGAAAUGGUUUUUACGACCUUUGUAAACUUUAUACGGACUAGAGGUCCAGAUGAAUUCUGGCGGAAGAGGAAAAUUUUUAAACUUUCAGCUCAUUUCUUGGGGCGAAGGAGAAAUUGUUACUCUCUGGCCAUUCGAAAUGUUCACCGAGCACUUCAGUAUGCCACAAAGGGACGGAGACUGAAGAAGAGAGACAUGAGUGACCUGUGGUCAGCCAGAGUAGCUGCCGGAUGUGAACAACAUGGAAUAUCUUUUUAUACAUUUAUGGAAUCCUUGCAACGAAGCAAUAUUUUGUUGAACAAGAAGGUCCUAUCUGAAUUAGCAACAUGGGAGCCACGAACAUUUGAAGCUAUUGCGCGUAUUGCACGAGAAAAAGCAGAGAUUGAAGGACUACCAGAUGUUAAAAACCAGCAUGUCCCAUCAGGCGUUAUUACAAGAGGGAUGAUUAAGUAGAAACUUAUUGUAAACUUCAUUUUAUUGAGUAGGAAUUAUAAUAGAAAUUACAAAAUA